CUAGUUCUAUGUACAGUUCUAUUAACAAAAACCCUAUGUUGAAUAGAAAUGGAUUUUGAAUUAACCUCAAGUUCAAAAACUACUACUAAAACGUCAUCAUUCGGAAAGGCUUUAAUAUAUACGACAGGCGGCUUAGCUAUAGGUGUGAGUGUUAUAUGUAUACCAUUUGUGUCACCAGCCUUUAGAAAAAUUUGUCUUCCUUAUGUGCCUGCAACUAACAAUCAAUUAUUAGGAGUUACUACUGCAUUAAAUGGUCGUACUGGAAGAUUACUGGACGUAGGCUCUGGUGAUGGCAGAAUAGUUUUAACUGCUGCCAAAUUAGGAUUCAAAGCAGAUGGAGUAGAGUUAAAUCCAGUUCUAGUCUACUAUUCUAGAAUUUCAGCACUUUUAAAUAGUCAAUAUAGAAGAGCUACAUUUUAUAGACGAAACUUGUGGAAAUUUGACCUAAUGCCUUACAACAAUAUUGUUAUAUUUGGUGUAGAACAAAUGAUGGCAGAUUUUGAGAAAAAACUGAUACAAGAAGCGAAUGACGGGACUCUUGUUGUAGCUUGUAGAUUUCCUUUACCAAAUAUGAUUCCAAUUGGAACUAUUGGACAUGGAGUUGACACUGUUUGGAAAUAUAUUAUAAAAAGAUAAUUAUGUAUUAAAUAUAUUUUAUUGAUAUCUUUAUGUACCUUACAAUAUAAUUAGAUAGAAAAUAAAAAUUAAAAACGA